AUGUACCAAAAAUGUCGUCUGAUCCUGAUGAUACUUUCAAGUGCUACAACGUACAGUCAGUCUAACAGUAUCGCUAAUCUGCCGGAGAGAUGUACUUCUGAAUGUCUUCGAUCACUUACAUAUGUACUGCACGCAACCUUUGGAUUGAUGUUUCCUGACGAGGCAACAAAGGAUUACUACUUAGCAUGCUUUUUACGUUGCUCAGAAGACGGACCACGUAGAGCAUCUACUAACCGCUUGUGGCCCAGAACCUGA